AUGCUCCUUUACUACUCUCUCUGGGCUUGCUCAGCCGCCCUUGCACUUUGGUCCCUCUACUUCGGCCUCACCCGAUACGCGCCCGCCUCGCUGCUGAGCAAGCUGCGUCUGCCUACCCACUUUUCCUCCUAUUCCGGCAACAAUUCUUCUUACCUGCCUCUGCCCACCUCCUUCGCAGAGCAAGUGCGCUCUGGAUUUUCCUCAAACUUGUUUGACGUAGAAGCUGAUAACGUGGCAGGAGGGGACUCCCGGCAAGGGCUGGAUCAGCGUGGACUGGAGGAGGUGAGGACGAUUAUGCGGAGAGAACGUAAGACCUUCGAUGAGGCUCGCCUGAUUCGGCAGCAAAGGAUCUUCCGCAGGAAUGGCAUCGACCCCAUGACGGGCAUGCCUUUGGACGCAAAAGCGAUCACCAGGCUAUAA